CCUGAAGAACUACUAAAUUCUGUUGAAGAGGAAAAGGAGGGACUUCUCAGUCUCAGCUCCCCUCUGGCUCCCAAAGCGCUGUGCUUGAGCCCAGAGCUAGAGGCUGCCAUGCUGGAUCAGAGGGAAGGCACCAGGCAGGCUGAGGCUCCUUCUCACCUCAGGGAAGAGAGAGGGCCUGGGGGAGAGAUGGAGGAGAAGGAAGAGGGGGAUAGAGGAGGAGAAGAGGGCCACGUCAGACCUCUUCAUAUCGUCUGGCCUCAUAGGUGGUGAGUUGAUGUCUCAUCUCUACACUUGAGAUAGAUACACACACGCACAAGAACACAUAUACAGUGCCUUCAGAAAGUAUUCACACCCCUUGACUUAUUACAUAUUUUGUUGUGUUACAGCCUAAAUUUAAAAUUGAUUACAUUGAGAUUCUGUGACUGGCCUACACACAAUACCCCAUAAUGUCAAAGUGGAAUUAUGUUUUUAUAAAUGUUUAUAAAUUAAUAAAAAACAAAAACAAAUAUUGAGUCAUUAAGUAUUCAACCCUUUUGUUAUGGCAAGCCUAAAUAAGUUCAGGAGUAAAAAUGUGCUUAACAAGUCACAUAAUAAGUUACCUGUGUGCAAUAAUAGUGUUUGCCAUGAUUUCGAAUGACUACCUCAUCUCUUUACCCCACACAUAUAUUAUCUGUAAGGUCCCUCAGUCAAGCAGUGAAUUUUAAACACAGGUUCAACCACAAAGACCAGGGAUGUUUUCCAAUUGCUCGCAAAGAUGGGAACCUAUUGGUAGAUGGGUAAAAAUAAAAAAAGCAGACAUUGAAUAUCCCUUUGAGCAUGAUGAAGUUAUUAAUUACACUUUGGAUGGUGUAUCAAUACACCCAGUCACUACAAAGAUACAGGCGUCCUUCCUAACUCAGUUGCCAGAGAGGAAGGAAACCGCUCAGGGAUUUCACCAUGAGGCCAAUGGUGACUUUAAAAUUGUUACAGUGUAAUGGCUGUGAUAGGAGAAAAAACAGAGGACGGAUCAACAACAUUGUAGUUACUCCACAAUCCUAACCUAAAUGACAGAGUGAAAAGAAGGAACCUGUACAGAAUAAAAAUAUUCCAAAACAUGUAUCCUGUUUGCAAUAAGGCACUAAAGUAAAACUGCAAAAAAUGUGGUAAAGAAAUUAACUUUAUAUCCUGAAUACAAAGCAUUACGUUUGGGGCAAAUCCAACACAGCACAUCACUGAGUACUACUCUUCAUAUUUUCAAGCAUGGUGGUGGCUGUAUCAUGUUAUGGGUAUGCUUGUCAUAGGCAAAGGAGUUUUUUUUUAAAUAAAAAUAAACGGAAUAGAGCUAAGCACAGGCAAAAUCCUAGAAGAAAACCUGGUUCAGUCUACUUUCCAACAGGCACUGGGAGACAAAUUCACCUUUCAGCGCGACAAUAACCUAAAACACAAGUCCAAAUAUACACUGGAGUUGCUUACCAAGACGUCAUUGAAUGUUCCUGAGUGGCCUAGUUACAGUUUUGACUUAAAUCAGAUUGAAAAUCUAUGGCAAGACAUGAAAAUGGCUUUCUAGCAAUGAUCAACAACCAACUUGACAGAGCUUGAAGAAUAAAAUAAAUAAAAAAGUGCAAAUAUUGUACAAUCCAGGUGUGCAUAGCUCUUAUAGACUUACCCAGAAAGACUCACAGCUGUAAUUGCUGCAAAAGGUGAUUCUAACAUGUAUUGACUCAGGGGUGUGAAUACUUAUGUAUUCAAUUUAAUCCGUUUUGAAUUCAGGCUGUAACACAACAAAAAUGUGGAACAAGUCAAGAGUUAUGAAGGCUUUCUGAAGUAUUGUUGAAUGUUAACCAUAGAUGAUUGUUUAGUAAGGACUCUAGGAAAACCCUAUGGAUAGAGGUUAUUUGUUUCAGAACUAAGAAACAUGAAGAAAGUGUUUGGAACCUACUGUGAAGGCCAGCGUGUUAGCAUAUCAAAACACCUGUCAUGAUUGACAAAAACAGCAAACACGUUUGGCAACUGGGUUGUUGUUACCUUGCUUGAUUUGCUGUGUUUGCCACUCCUGGCAUCGUACGGCAUGCCUUAGAACAAAGCAGUCAAGUAAACCAUAAUCCAAAGAUCAUGUCGUAGGCCUAUUCUGGAACCCAAAUGACCUGGAAAUACCUCUCCAACAGCAAUGUACGUAUGUACCAACCCUGCGGAAAGUUAUUUGCUUUGGAUCAUCAGAGUGUUGUUUGACAACAAACCGAGGGCAUGGAAAAUUACUAACACGUUUUUGUGUAACAAUGUCAUUAAAAGAGGGAAACUAGCUAGCUAUUGUUGGUUGUGUUUUGAACUUAAGCUUUGCUAAGGAUUUCUAUAAACAGGUAUGCUCUUACUGUGUGGUUUCCCAGUCCGAAUUAGAAAUGGCAUAUUAAAACAUUAAUUGUGUAACAGUUAGGGGGAAGUAUCAAGAUACUCUGGGUGGAUUUGUGAAUGUUUUUCUUUUACGUAAGCAGAAAUAUCCUUUACAUUGUUUAGAGUAGUGUAGGCCCCUUUUUUGGCACACCAUUUCUCUAUCUCUGGCUCAUCUGUGUUGGAGAGGAAAGACAACAGCUUUUCUGUGGAUUCACAUUUUUCUCCUCUGACUCCAUUCUCCUUUCGGCAGUGAGGCUUAGUUUCCUCACCAAAACAUGUCCGUAAAUCAGAUUAACAACCGCAAAGACCACCAGUGCCGUAGUUCCUCCCUGGCGACACGAUUUGCCAUUGUCGGCAUCGUCAUUGCCAUUCUCCAUUAUCCCUCCCGCUCUGUGUUUGCAUGGGUCGGGUGUGUGUUUUUCACCUACUCUUAUAUCAGUAACAAAAGCACCCAUCAUGUAAUCUCCUCUAAACUGAGCAAAACACAGAUGGAUUAUCACUCCCAACAUCCAGGCUUCAUAAACCUUGGCUUAUUCUGGGGUAAAUUAGGAGAGGGGGAGGGAGGGAGGGAGGGAGGGAGGGAGGGAGGGGAGAGAGGGAGAGAGGGAGGGAGGAGGGAGAGAGGGAGAGAGGGAGAGAGGGAGAGAGGGAGAUCACAGUUUGUUGCAUUUCAUUCUCUUACAUUUUUUCUAUCUCUGGCCUCGCUUUUUUGUGCUCAUCAUUGGUUGCAGAUUGUUAAUCUGUGUGUGGCCUGGAUAGGCGUUCAUCCUCAGAUUACAGGACUGUCUUAUUGCAGGCAGUGGCCUGGGCGACCAGGCCAGGGUGAUCAGAUCAGCCCCACCAGAGAACAGGACAGCUGUUUUACAGGUGAAGAUGGCUUCGUGCCACAGUAGUGAUGAUAAAAACCAGCGGGAGAGAAGAGUAGAGCAGGACGGAGACUAAAUCUCUGCUACCAGGGGCUUUAGCUCCAUCUAAGGUUGAUCAGGAUCAGCUUUUACCUCAAGAGGAUUGUCCUCCUGGAGUAUUUCUGAUUGCAAAACAAACAACGCAAUCAAGAUGUGUAGGUCACAUAGGCACACAGCAGGCAAUUGAGAAAAAGAAACACAUCGCGGCGGUGUGAGACCCUCAGAAUGUUAUGUAGUAUAUGACGCUAUUCUUGAUUCCUGAUUAUAGUACACCCUGCGAGAGGGGCUAGCCUAACGUCACUGAGGUGCCUGGGUGUAUUGCUUGUUGUUUUUCUGCUAAUCCCUGUCCAGACGGGCCACUGGUCAUUAAGUGCUGACGCACAGACUCGUCCAGUGAUGUGCCAACAGUCUCUCAGUAUUGACCCCAACCCAUCCUGCUCUGGGCUUUCCCCUGGCAUGGCCUCAGGCCGCCAACCUGACCUCAACCAACCCUCAGGACUGACAUAGGACCAGGAAAUAGAAGUUAAAUACAGGGGCAUGAUCUGAUUUACUCAUCUUUUUUUGUGUUGUAAGGGGCAGUUAUGUUUUUCAGAGUCAUCACUACAAUGUGUUGUUUGUUAUGCUUUAUGGCCAUUUAUUCUUCAGCAUUUGUGAGCUGAACCUAGAGACAUUAUACUCCAAUGAGACUAUGUCAUGUGGGGUCGGUACAAUGUAGUAGGCAGCAAGCACUGAAGGAUAUCUAUUUGUGUGUGAAGAUGCAGCCUGUUGCCGUUCCCAAAGUUAGUUCUAUUUUAAGAAAUGUCUAACCCUUUGUAGUUCUCCUAGACUUAUGAUUUAAAAAUCACCACUAUUUACAGUGGUGCAUGUUGUCAGGCCUUUGAAUGGAAGAAUCUCCUCGGUCCCCUCCUACUGCAUGUUGGUCUAUCUUCAACAACCAACUCUUUGUCUUUCAAGUGUCCCCUUAAUUAGUGCGCAGUCCUUUGGUUUCUGGUGAUUGGGCUCAUUUCACAUUGUGCAUUGGAGUAAAUAGUAUUUGAAUUUUAAAACGCACCUCUUGGGUGCAACAUAAAGGAGAAUAUUUAAUCACAGAUUUCUAAAUGAGAGGAUCUUAUUUUCUUUUAGCUGCUACGUGAUACAUAUUAAUGAGGUUUUUCUGGGUAGUACGGAACAUACUUUUUGCUUGAUCAUUUUACCCGGCUUCAUCUGCAUUCAUCUGUGAGGUCACAGGGGUGAUAACGCACCACAAAGGACUCGUAUAUAAAGUAAGCGCAGAAAGAGAAAAGUAGUGUUAGUCGGAGCUGUAAACUUAGGAGUGACAAAUAAGCAAACGGAAGAUGCACCAACCUCGUAUCUCUCGAGACCAGACUAGCAGAAUAUAGGAUAACUGUUGAUGUUGGAAGAGGGCAUACCUGAUGGGAAUGGGAUAGCUGGAGUGAAAAAUCAGUUCAGCUGACUUGAGGGAGUUCUGACUGUAAACUGUACUGUACCUUCGAAAACAACCUUGAUGUGCCUUAGAAGCAGCAGAUUAGUGGUGCGUAUUGGCAGUGUGGCUGAUUUUGUGAAGAUGCCACAUAGCCUUUGUUUGUCACUCUCCCUCUAAUCAGUGGGAUGACAGCUCCCUCCUACUUGGUUGACUGUCGCUGGGGGUUAACGGUCCUCAUUAACAGAUCUAGGGCAUCAGUGGGGAGUCAGGGCUCGCACUGUGAUACGCUGCCGAGGUGUGUGUGUGUUUUGAGAGAGAGGUUCUUCCUGAUAGUCAUAUCCCACACAUUAAUUAACACUCAUUUUCCUACGGAGGGGGAUGGUAGCCUAGUGCACAGAGCAUUAUUAUCACCGGCUCAUUCACUCAUUGUCCUCCUCUCUAUCUGUAAUGGGGGAAUAGGGAUUCAUGCCUCGCAUAAGGAGUUAAAAAGGGUAGGAAAUAAGGGAAUUAGCUUUUAUCCACAGGGGAUGCCAAUGAAUAUGAGAGCUGAAAAUGAGAAUAAAUAAGCUCCUAUAAUACUUCACCUAAGGAGAUCCCGUGGAGGUAGCAUUAGGAGGGAUCUGUCUGUACCUCACCUAAGGAGAUCCCGUGGAGGUAGCAUUAGGAGGAAUGAUGCUGCUUUGUAGAAGGCGUUUGACCUUCACACACUAUCCACUGUUAGACAUCCUGCUUCCUUUAUGAACAACCGAACAUCACAAAAAUGUUAUACAGUACAGUCGAUUAAUAUAAUUCAGAGAUCUGUUGGUGAGAAAAUACAAUGCGUGGUGUUACGAAGGGUAUUUAUAUUAUAGUGCUUCGCGGGGGGCAACUCAAAAAUCUGAACCUAUCAACCAUCAUUAAUGUGUAGCUUCAGUGUGUAGAGUCAUGCAUGGCAGCCAUUUUACACCAGAAUACUCAACACACAGUGAUUGUCAGUGGAGAGAUGACAGUGAUUCUUAACAUCUGAAUCUGCUGGCCACAUAAUAGUCCCUACUCUUGCAAUUUUUAGGGCCUUCCUCUGACACCGCCUGGUAUAGCGGUCCUGAAUGGCAGGAAGCUUGGCCCCAGUGAUGUACUGGGCCGUACGACUCUUGCUGUCGGAGGCCGAACAGUUGCCAUACCAGGCGGUGAUGCAACCAGUCAGGAUGCUCUCGAUGGUGCAGCUGUAUAACUUUUUGAGGAUCUGAGGACCCAUGCCAAAUCUUUUCAGUCUCCUGAGGGGGAAUAGGCAUUGUCGUGCCUUCUUCACGACUGUCUUGGUGUGUUUGGACCAUGAUAAUUCGUUGGUGAUGUGGACACCAAGGAACUUGAAGCUCUCAACCUGCUCCACUACAGCCCCGUUGAUGAGAAUGGGGGCAUGCUCGGCCCUCCUUUUCCUGUAGUCCACGAUCACCUUUGUCUUGAUCACUUUGAGGGAGAGGUUGUUAUCCUGGCACCACACUGCCAGGUAUCUGACCUCCUCCCUAUAGGCUGUCUCAUCGUUGUCGGUGAUCAGGCCUACCGCUGUUGUGUCGUCGGCAAACUUAAUGAUGGUGUUGGAGUCGUGCUUGGUCAUGCAGUCAUGGGUGAACAGGGAGUACAGGAGGGGACUGAGUAUGCACCCCUGAGGGGCCCCCGUGUUGAGGAUCAGCGUGGCAGAUGUGUUGUUACCUACCCUUACCACCUGGGGGUAGCCCGGUAGGUUUAGUGAAUGCCAUGGUAGGUUUAGUGACCAGAGAGAGCCAGAACCUACAUGUUAAUGUCACAUCCAGGGGACAGCACCCUUUGCAGGUUACGGAGGUCAGUGUCCCAUUCACUGGCCCGCGGCCUUGAGGGCUCUAUUAGACCAGACGGAAGAGUGCCCCCUACUGGCCCUCCAACACCACUUCCCAGUCACAACCUGGUAGUCUCAGGCGCUGACCCCCGCCCUACAGCUUCAGAUGAAGCCAGCAGAGAUACACAGCCAUUUGCAUGUAGUCAACCUUCAUUCAUUUUCUACAGUUUAUACUAGUGACGAACCGUAAAUGACAGUGCACUAGUAAGGGCACAAGCCUACUCUCUAAACACAUUUGUGUCAUCGACCUUUACUGUUUCACUGAUUCCCUGUUUUGUCAUCGCUAAAGGCAGGUGUGAGCUAAUGCUAGCUGCUGUUAAUGAUAAUGAGCAGACGCUCCUGUUAGAUCAGUUGACUGUACUCCCUGUUCCCUCCUUCAGAUUAGCAUGGUGAGUGACAGGCCACUUGCACAGUAUGACAUCUGCUCCACAGCUGAACACACAGCACCUGUGUUAACUAGAAGCAGGGCCUUCCAGGCACCGAACACAUCAAGGAUGACUGGCUGCUUCUCUCUCUGAGCCAACAGGGAUCUCUGUCUCUCUGUCUGUCAGCUUGUUAAAUCCCCCACCUGGCGCACCGCACACCGCACCGAUACCACAGUCAAGUGUCCUCUGGGGAGUGCUAUGAUCUUUCUCUCUUUCUGGCUGCUGCCUUGCCUUGUGUAACCUGGCCUCUCUGUGUGUGUGUGUGUGUGUGUGUGUGUGUGUGUUUCUGUGUAAAUAAAUCACAGAGCAGAAUGGUACUGGGAGGGGUAAGCCUUUGGACGCCCGGCGUACAUCAGAGCAGAGCCUGUCCUGUGUGUGUUGUGUGUGUGUGUGUGUGUGUGUGUGUGUGUGUGUGUGUACGUAGCACCAUCAAAAGGCCCUGAAUUCUGUUUGUGGUUGAAGGGAACACGACAAAGACCCCGAGCUCUUCUUCAAGACGCUGCUGAAGCUGAAAGAGAGAGGCCUGGGCUUUCAACUGUCUGUCCUGGGGGAGACCUUCACUGACGUACCAGGUACAGACACACACACUUUACAAGCAAAGGAUUAAGUGGGCUCUGGUUUUGCGAUGACACUCGUUUUCAAAGCAGUGGAUGUUUGGUUUCAAAACAUUGAGUAGAAAACUUUGCACAACUUCUCGAAAGGUGAGUGAAAAGCUGUACUUAGUUUAUUACGAUGUAGUAUAAGCUUGUGCACCCAAGGCGUACUGUAUGUCAUUCUUAUGGCUUUCAAUGUAAUUGGUAAUUUGAGUAAGUGUAGGGUUAAGGUCAUCUGACAGGCUAGUUUUUUUUAUGCCCUCAGGACAGUGUUUAAUUGAUCAAAUCCGCUCCCCAUUAGUAGAUGAUGACGCUAUAAUGACUUUAGGACACUCCAAUGUAUUCACCACUGAGUGUUAAGUAAAUUAAUACACAUUCUGGCCCCAUGGCUGGAAGCAAAGACAUCCUUACAGGAAACACACUCUCUCAUAUUGGGAUGUAAACUUUUAUAGGAGCAUAAACAGAUGGAAAGAGAGACCGUAAAUUUUUCUCAUAUUUAGUAAUUACGUUUAUGAUUGCUCGGAAGGCAAUUGCAUUAGAACAAUUUUAAUCUACUUUGAUUUUCUAAAUAGGGUCACGGUAUUGAUUAUGUUCACCCUUCACCUGUUUCUCCCGAUCUCAUGUUGUAUAUCAUUUUUAGUCCAAAGUUUAUGCCUCAGCUUCAGUUCUGACCUCUAUUUUUCAUAGGAUGUUUUUUCUUCAGUUUUUCUGGAUUCAGUCCAUUCCCUGUCACACUGAUCUGUUCUCCAAAACACUUUUUGGUCACUGAAACAUCUUCCUGAUAUCAUCACUAUUUUGUGAAGACACAGCAGCAUGGAAGUCAUUAUGAAUCCAGAAUGUCACGGACAGAUGGCUUUUCAAUGACAUGCAUUUUGUUGCAUUAUUUAAUUUAAUUUGUCCUCCAUUAAACUCAAGUCCUUUAUGUGGGAAUAUAAUCGGUUAUAAAGAGUUCACGAAGUGAGCGACUGGACAAAGUCAAUCAGUCUACUCUCGCAUUUUACUCAAUCAAAUGAAAGCAUAUCAAAUAAUGCUAUUUGAUCUCAUUCAUACAGUAACAAUUAUGAUUAUUGUGAAUAAUAUACAUCAGUUCCCCCCCCCCCCCCCCCCCCUCCCCAUUCAGACAUCUUUGCGGAGGCCAGAGUGGACCUGAAUGCCCAUGUCCUCCACUGGGGGUUCAUGCCCAGUAAAGAGGACUACCUACAGGUCCUCUGCCAGGCAGAUGUGGUGGUCUCCACAGCCAAGCAUGAGUUUUUUGGAGUGGCCAUGUAAGUUACUCACUCUCCUGGUUUGUUUGUAAUUGCUACUUAAGACACAACAAAAUAUGAAGUGCUGAAAGAAUGAAUGAAAAGUACUUUGGUUGGUUUUCAUGUGAAGGAAACGUUUGAAUUUGACAUGUCGUCUACAUGAAAAAUGCAGAGAUAGUUCAUUAAAACUAAACUAAAAACUCUUAGAAAUAAGUGUUUUUACCUCUAGGGAGGUAGAGUCCAAAGUGUAUGAUGAGACUUGCUACCAUAUGAAGCAAAACUUCAGUCACCUGUGCUGUGCAUUUGAAGGGUUUCGUCAGAUCCUGCCCACAGCCAAGGUAGAGCAAGACUGGAGCCAGUGUAGUGCUACUUCAGUAGAGAGGAAGGUUGUGAUCUUACAAAACACCAGCCUGGUGGUGUGUUAGUUCUAUGGAUUGCUUCAUGCAGUCAGUGUGGGAAUCUAUCUUAGAUAGAUUGGGUGAAAACAUGUUAGAAGCUUAGCUGUGUACAAUAUAGAAGCCAUGUGCUAAUUAUGGUUGUGAAAAACACUGUCCUGAGUUUGAGGAAGGGAUGUCCCUCUGGGGGAGUCUUGUACAAUUAUGUUUUCCACUUCCUUUGAUCCAAACCAGGGGGACCAGGGGGAUCUGAGACACACACGACCACCCACUAAGCUCUAUUGAUAGUAAACCUUGCGGAUGCGGUGGUGGUGAAGGCCCUUUGUGUGUGUUUUGGACAAUAGAGAAACACACAUUGAAUGGAUGAAUAUCAACACUGGGUUCUCCUAAGAGAGAUGCUCAAGUGGAUGAGAAUGUUAAAUGUUUCCUCCAGAUUCCAAUCGGCUUCACUCACCUGUUUGAAAGUAAACUAAAUAGAUAUCGGUGCUCGUUGUGUGUUCCAUUACAAACCUUUUAAAUUAGUAAGGGAUUUAGAAUAUCUGUUCAAUUUCAUCAGCUUCACAUAGCGUUCAAAACAAGAAAAUAGUUAAGGGUUUCUCAUUUCCACAUUCUGCUGAAGGAUGAACAGACAUGUAGGCUUCUGAAGAGCACAAUAAGCGAAAAAAGAGAAGUCCAGUCAUAUUGCUGGACAGAGGUGUCACCAAUGUGUUUCAUCCUCAUUAUUGUGGAAUUUGGCCCUAAUCUGAUUAAUUAUGGUCUGGCGAUGUGAGCAAACGCCUAUUCAUGCCCAGCAGUGAAGAAGUCAAUUACCCCAGCAAAAUUAUCGGCUAAUUAUAUUUGAGAUGGAAAGCCUUAUAACCAUUUGCACGCUUUACGCCACUGAAACGGAACUGACCUUUAUAAUCAGUUUCAUAGAUUUUGCUGUCAUAGACUAGGGGGCUAUCAUCUUGUUACCUUUAAAUUAGCUUGAUUAGCCAUGCUAUUCUUUGGAAUGCAGGCAAAGGCAAUUAGACUAUUAAAAAACAUAAACCACUUUCAUACGGUGCCGAAAGGUAGUUUCACUUAUUAAACCCCUGUUGCCCAGGAACAAACUGUUGCCUGUCAAACCUACUAGGUUGAAAGAAGAACAAUAUUGCAGUUAUUGCCGCUAUUUAAAAAAUUGCCAUUUGUUAAAUUGUAAAAUGCAGCUGAUGUUGUAUAUAGAAUUUCCAUAUUGGUAUCCGUCACUACUAAAUAGUCUGUAAACAACUAGUUUGAGGAUAUUAGGCACAUUUUAGAGUGCAGACUAGUGAAUGGCGUCAUUGCAUACGUGUGAGGAUUUCACCCAUCAUUUUAGUCUUAACAUGAAAUUAAACUCCCAAGCACAAAUCCCAUGUUUAAAAAUGUACGUCUGUUGCAUGAAGAAUGAUGUACUAAACUGAUGGAAAGUAGCGAAAUUGAGGAGUCAUCAAUAUUGAUGCACAUUCUACAAAAUAUUUAAAUAGGCAGGUUUCUGCACUGGUCAGUGAGGUUCAGAUGAAAGUGGAGGGAAGCUCUAUGUACCAUACCAACAGUCUUUUCUAUCUCCAAGUUAUUUCAGGAGAUGAACGUUUCACAAAUAACUUAUUCACAUUUGAAAACCAUUUGGAUGGAUUUUAGGUCCUCUCUUUUGUGAUGGUUUUGAACAUGCUGUAACAUUGCAUAUGAUGUGAGUUAACAGUGAAAGAGAUGCUUUUCUCUCCCCAUCAUUUUGAGAAUGGGAUGAGUUCCACUGUGUUGCUGGGAAAUGUGCUAUGUCCGGAUGCUUUCUUUCCCAAGCUAGUCUGUGGGACUUCAUUUAUUCUGAACUGUGCAUCAAAAGAAACCAAUGUCAACAAAGACACAAUGGGACCCAUUUUGACAACGCUGUUCAGCUCAUGCAGUUAAUAGGGGCAGAUAUUGUGUUCACUUUCCAAUUUUUGGGACAGAGUAAACCAACUUUUGUCUGUCUUUUGCAAGACCAGAGUGCACUUUUUCAGCAAAUGGAUUUCUGACAAAAUGAUUAUGUUAUAGAACUGGUGCCCAAAUGUGUUUCACACUUGUUGUUUGUAAGCCAAUGCUUUUGACAGGAAGCUAAAUUAUACAAUUUUAUAUUGCAGGCUAGAAGCUGUUCAUUGUGGCUGCUAUCCACUCUGCCCCAAGGCUUUGGUGUAUCCUGAAAUAUUCCCAGGUAUUACUACACAAAUACGCUAAUACACCAUUGCAUUGCAAGACGUUUAAUUCUCAAAUGUUCUUAUCUCUAGAAAUGUGUUGUAUUUAGAUGUUCAAGGUGUAAAUCUGAAAAAUAAAUCACUAAAAUAGAACGCUGAAGUCAAAGCUACGAUUAAUGAGCACAAAAAAAAAAUCUAAUUUACCUGAUUUACACCGUAGCUGUGCCUCUUCCUUAAAUUAGAUUUGCAUAAAUAAUAUGAAUCUUUAAAAAUAAUACUAGUCUAAUUAUGUAAAACCUGUCCCAGUUCAGGGUAAUAUAUAUUUUUAAUUAUAAAAAAAGUGAGCUGUAUCUAGCCUGUGCUUUGAGGUUUUUGUUUCAUUAAAGUAUGUUUUCCUUUCCCCUCUCCGUCCUACAGAGGAGUAUCUGUACUCUACACCUGAGCAGCUUUAUAAGAAACUACAGGGACUGUGCAGAAGGCCAUACGUGGUGAGGAGACAUCACGUUAAGGUAAUUAACACUUUGACAUGACAGGAACGGGAUUAGCUAACACGCUUCAUUCAGUUCACAAUUAAUUUCUCUCUUUAAGGUUUCUCCUCACCCUUCACCCUGCCUGUCUUCCUUUCUUUCCUCUGUACUGUAAGUUGACAGUUGACACCAGAGCUUAUUCCUGCCUUUCAUUCUUUCCUCUGUAUUGUAUUGUAGGUUGACACCAGUUCCUAUUCCUGGGCUGCUCUGAAGGAGGACUUCAGGAGUCUGCUGGCAUGCAAAGAGGACCACCAUCGC